CAUACACAUAGGGAGAGGAGGCGGCCGCGGCUUCCUUUACCGCCCUCGGACACAACACAAAUAUCUGUGUGGACACGUAGGACUCGCCCGGUCGCCCCGCACCGACGAAGCAGAAGAAUAAAGCCGGCAAGGCCACACCGAUCAGCGACACAAGAGAGCGGAGUUCUUAUCCGGUUCUUCGCCGGCCGUGCGCGCUCUGCAGAGUGCAGAGUACUGGGCAGCGAGUGCAAGGACUACCUGUUUUGUUCACUUGUUCUAGCGCGUCAUGAUGGGCAGCGAGUGCAAGGACCACCUGCAGCUCCACGCCGGCUUCGGCGGCGGCGGCGGGGGAGGCGCGCAGCAGCAGCAUCGCCAGGAGGAGGCGGUCGCCGUCGCGCCGUUCGUCGCCAAGACGUUCCACAUGGUGAGCGACCCGGCGACGGACGCCGUCGUGCGCUGGGGCGGCGCCAGCAACACCUUCCUCGUCCUCGACCCCGCCGCCUUCUCCGACUACCUCCUGCCCUCCUACUUCAAGCACCGCAACUUCGCCAGCUUCGUCCGCCAGCUCAACACCUACGGGUUCAGGAAGGUGGACACGGACCGGUGGGAGUUCGCGCACGAGUCGUUCCUGCGCGGGCAGGCGCACCUGCUGCCGCUGAUCGCGCGCAAAAAAAAGAAGGCCGCCGGCGGCGGCCGGGAGCUGGGCGAGGAGGGGGAGGAGGUGCGCGGCACCAUCCGCGCCGUGCAGCGCCUGCGGGAGGAGCAGCGGGGCAUGGAGGAGGAGCUGCAGGCCAUGGACCGCCGCCUGCGCGCCGCCGAGAGCCGCCCGGGCCAGAUGAUGGCGUUCCUCGCCAAGCUGGCCGACGACCCGGGCGUCGUGCUGCGCGCCAUGCUCGCCAAGGAGGAGGAGCUGGCGGCCGCCGGCAAGGGCGCGCCGCCGCCGCUGCCGGCCGUCAAGGCGCCCGGCAAGCGCCGCCGGGUCGGGGCCGGGGCAGAGGCGGCCGUCGCGGGCGACGCCGCGGCGGAGCUGGCGGCGCAGGGCAGGGGCGCCGUGCCGUUCCCCUUCUCUGUCCUCGGCCAAGUGUUCUACUAGGGUGGAUAGGGACAGACAGGUGGACCUGUAGUAGUAGUGUGUAUAUAUGACUCGUAGCAUAACUUUGCCUCCGUUUUAUCGGCUAGUUUAGUACUCUAGUGGUUUGUACACGGUGAACGGGUUUGUUAUGCAGAGCUGAGAAAGAAAAGUUAGUGUGGUGAUUAUGGAGUAAACAGAGCCCGGUUAGUGCUUAGUAGUAGUUGGAUUCAGUGUUGGAUGUGUGUAUUCAGAUGUUGAUGUAUGUUUGUUUGUGCGUUGUAAAACCUGGUAACGGGAGAGCAGGUGUUCUUUCUCCCUGUUCUAAGAGUGAAAAAGGAACCUGUUAGGCUGUUACGUUGAA